CUGCAACACAAAAAUCCUACCUGUAAGGAAAUUUGUACUAUCAUUUUUGGUAUUAUCAACCCAAAAUUUAUCAUAAGCUACCUCUAACAUCGCAGUCGCGAAAUCACUGUAAACUAGUGUAAUUAGGAUGAUGCAUUAUAAGCCACACUCAAAUUUGCAUAAGAAAAACAAGCUCGACCAACGCUAAAAGUAAUUAAUUUUAACAUUUUAAGCACUUUCUUUAAGUUCUUUAAUAGCUAGCUGUAUAACAGUUAUGAAAGAAUUAUACGGAUUUGUUACAAAUACAAGUGCAAGCAAUUUGAAGCACUCUCCAUAAUCGCCUUUUAAUUGAAAGAAGCUUUGAAAAUUUCCCAUAUCAUUAAGUCAUUAAAUCAUAUUCAAUUUUUGAUUUACUAUACGCCCCCAAUUAGGGCUCAAGGCAUGCAUAGAAAUGGCUAUAAAAUGUCUCAGCUUUGUUCGACGAAGUGCAGUCACUUAUACAAUCGUCAGGAUUUAUUAGCCUCCGCAAUGGCUAUCAAUAAAUUGGCAAACUUUCGCACUUUGGAGCCCAUACUCACCUUUUUGGGUUUGUGGCAAGGAGGAGAUAGUUCAUGGUUUAAGCGACAUUAUCGAUAUUACCAGUUAUUUAUGCAUACAACAAUUACAUUCACCUUUGCAUCCCUCAUGAUCUUAGAAUUCAUUUACAGUGAAAGUUUGGACUACGCCAUAGACGUGCUAAAAUACAUGCUCGUUGAAAUGGCCAUUAUUAGCAAAGUACUCAAUGCCUGGUACUAUGAGCAGCAGACAGCCGAAUUAGUGAAUGAAUUGGCGAACAGUGCAACAUUCGAAUUACGCACGAGCGCCGAAGAGCAGAUGUGGCAAAAAUCACAAAAAAAUUUCCGCAAACUGACAAUGAUCUAUAUGGGUACGGGACUGAACUCGGCAUUCUGUGCUUUACUUGCGGCGGCAUUAAUGGGCGCCAAAGAACUGCCUUAUGCCUUGUGGUUGCCUUAUGAUUGGUGCGAUACUUAUUUUUGGGGCAUUUACUGUUAUGAGUGUAUUGCGAUGCCCUUCACUUGUUUGUGCAACAUUACGAUCGACUUAUUCCAAGCUUAUUUGCUAUUGCAUUUAACACUUUGUUUCCGGGUAAUCAGCAUGCGCUUGGAGCGGUUGGGGGAUGCCGGUAAGGAAGACGCGAUCACCACAGAAUUGCUCAAUAACAUUAAAAUGCAUCAGCGUGUGAAAGAAUUGGCUUUAAAGUGUGAGCAGGUCAUAUCAAUAGCCUUGUUAUCACAGAUAAUGCUUACUUUCCUAAUCCUUUGUUUCAUAAUCUACAAUAUGCAAAAUGCACAAUUUAGCGAAAAUCCCGCACACUUUUUAGCCAUGUUGCAGUACGCACUAAUCAUAUCUAUGGAGAUGUUUCUACCCUGCUACUAUGGCAAUGAACUGACUGUAGAAUCUGAGAAACUGGGCUUUCACCUCUACAGCUGCGAUUGGACAGGCUUUUUGGUCGACUUUUCACCCGCGGCGUCGAUCCGUUCGACUACACCGUCACAGCGCCGUUCGGCGGUCGAGGUCCGGCAUGCAGUGGGUCAGAUUGUGCGCACACAUAAUCAUAUGAACUUUGGUAUGCAAUUCGCCUUUAGUCCUUACAAUAUUGACAUGAUGACGUUGGCAUACACACAUACACCCAGACCAACUGUCGCCUGUAUGUGCAUAUGCGGAAAAACGGAACUUGCUAAACAUUGUUAUUGGAAUUUUUUAGGCGCUCGUUCGGCUGUAGGGCCUCUUUUGAUGUAAUCAGAAUUAAAAAUAUUCCUUUUUUAAUUGCAGCGCAAAAGUAAUAG